CGCCCGCGAUUCUCUGAAAGUUUUCCUAAUUCUGGCGCGAAAUGACAACAACAUUGUUAUUGCGAUUGCUUUCCGAUCUUUUUUGUAUGUCGUGAGAUAGUAUUCUUUUGUUUUCUCAAAUUUUUUCACACUCUUCAGUAAUUCAAUAAUUAUCAUCAUGGAAUAUAAAAAGCCCCGGCGUAUUGCCAUCAAACAAGAAGACGACGGUCUCCGCGAACUUUAUCCGCACGAUAUUCAAUUUUAUCAAAAUCCACCUCGCGAAUUGAUAAGCUUCAAGGAGUUUCAGGAUUUAGGCCUAGAAAGGCGUCAAGUCUUGACGCUCGUCGAAUCGAUAUCCCAAAGAGGAGACCUGAAAACGUUGGAAGACAAAAAAUUGGCAUUGUUGAACACCUUUCGAAAGGACGGUUUCAAUUAUCCAGCAAAACUGUUGAACGGUCAAGGAUGUGCGUCGCACAGCGAAGUAGAGUUGCAGGCGAGGAGACGCGACCACAUUUCUCACUUUAUCUUGGCAUUGGCGUACUGUCAGAACAGCGACAAUCACAGAUGGUUUGUCAACAUGGAAGUGGAAUAUUUCAAAAUGAGAUUCACGUCGUUGAACAAAGAGGGGAUCGUCAAACUGUUGAGUCUGAACGGCUUCGACUAUCAAGCCAUAACACAGGAAGAAAAAGAAUCCUUGCGAGACAAUCUUUUUCACUCAACUGCCAGAGUUUCAGCUGUCGAACACACAGAAUUCUAUAAAGUUCCUUUCGAGAAAGUCCCAGAUUUGAUAAGAACGCGUAAAGUUUAUCUUCACAAAGGCUACGCUUAUAUACCACUGUCCGAACUAGUCUCUCUCUUUGUUUCCGAAUUCAAAGCCACGCUCAAUCGAUACUUGGAGACAUCUUUGGCGAUCAUGAAACACGUGGAAGAGGACGACCGUUUGGCCUCAUUUCUGAAAAUGUUGCCAAACGUUUUUUCGGACAUGGCCAAAGUCGUCUGGUCUACAACUGCGGUGCCGCUCGAGAGUCUCGACGAGUUAUCCAAAAUUUCGUACCCCGUUUGCAUGAGAGUUCUCCAUGAGGUCGUGAAAACUGAUCACCAUUUGAAAAAUAUGGGUCGUAUGCAGUACGGACUUUUCAUCAAAGGAAUCGGAGUCACCCUCGAAGAUGCUCUCAGAUUCUGGCGCACCGAAUUCACUAAAAAAAUCGAUCUCGACAAAUUCGAUAAAAGUUAUGCAUACGACAUCAGACAUUACUACGGAAAAGAGGGCAGAAGAACGAGCUACACUCCCUACGGUUGCAACAAAAUUCUCAGCAGCACUCCCGGACCCGGAGAAAAACACGGAUGCCCUUUCAAGCACAUGAGCACUGAUGAGCUCAAGAAAAAACUCACAGCAUUCGGUUUUCCUGCUUCAGCUGUGAGCGAAGCAGCAGAGCUGUCGAAGGAGGGCGAAUACAAAUUGGCGUGUACGAAAUGUUUCGAGGUAUCGCACAAGGCUCUUCCAGAGCGCCCGAUCCUCCAUCCGAAUUCCUAUUUCAGCCAAAGUCGCGAAAUAAUAACAAAAGCGAUGGGAGGUGGUGAGAGCGCGCAAAACGUCAAUGAAAAGGGUGGUGCGACGCCGAAGCCAAAAGCAGCGGAAAGAGGAGCGUCAACGCCGUCGUCACGAGCGGCAGGCACGCCGUCGCGUAACGGCGCCAAUACACCGUCACGCUCGAAGACAAAAAUGGAGCCUUUGAAAAUCGAGGAAAUGCUCAACUCCGAUGAGAUUGAAGAAAUGAUGAUGGACUUGUGAGUGGGAACGAAAAAUCGGCCGAACGAGCUUCGAAGUUCAUCGAACAUUUGUUCAUCUUUGUGAAUAGCAAUACUUUAAGUCCUUUUCUUUAUUACGUUACUUUUUCUUUGUUAUCUUUUCUUUAACUACUUAACUACUUCAAUACUUACUAAAGUUUAACUAAAGUUAAAGUAGUUACUAAAGUGUCUAGUAUCUUUAUUAUUAUUAACGAUCUAACAUUAAGACAAUAAAUCAAAACAUAUUUUGUU